AUGUCUAAAUUAAUAAAGAACCUCAGCAAUAACAAAUUUCGAGAAAUAUCGAUACCACCCAAACUACUAAUAGGAGGAACUUCGGUAACCGAUACAAAUGAGAUCUACGACUGCUUCAACAACUUCUUUUCAUCUAUUGAAGCAGAACUAGCACAAAAAAUUCCCCUUCAGUACCAUGAUAACAGAAUCUUUACAAAUGUAAACGUUAACAACAACGAUAUAACACUAACGGCAAUGGCACUGGCUUCUGUUAUCGAGUUAAUUAAAAUAAUAAACAACUUAGAUCCAAAUACUAGCUCCAGCAUUGAUACCGUCAAUAUUAAGUCCAUAUUAUGCGUAAAAAACCUUAUAGCUCCAGAACUAAUUCGACGUUUAAAUAGCUGUCUAGAACAAUUACACGUAAGGUAA